CGGAUAAGUCCUUGGAAAUCAGGAAUAAAUGACAACGGACUUGCCAGGAAAAAUCACCGGCUUCCGAGGCUCCAUAAACCUCUCCAAAACUCUCUCUCUCCAUAUUUUCCCUGUUCCAAGAAAGGUCAAAUUAUUCCGGUGACCUUUGCUCAUCGGUUAAGAUGGUUUUGAUGAUAUAUUGUAGCGAAAAGGCCUAGGCAUUAGGCGGCCAUCCAAACAGCUUCUUUGCUUGCUCCAUCACAUUCCAUUAGAUGGGCUGUUUUCAGUCUACAGCAACAAAGCAGUUUCCCGGACACGAAAAUCCUGUUGUUCUUGCUUCUCAAACAGCUUUUAGUGUUAGCGAAGUGGAAGCUUUAUUUGAGCUGUUCAAGAGUAUCAGCAGUUCAGUGAUUGAUGAUGGGCUAAUAAGCAAGGAAGAGUUUCAGUUGGCUUUAUUUAAGAACAGGAAGAAAGAGAACCUUUUUGCUAAUCGGAUUUUUGACCUCUUUGACGUGAAGCAAAAAGGAGUCAUUGAUUUUGGUGAUUUUGUUAGAGGGCUUAACGUUUUCCACCCAAAUGCCCCACAAGAGGAUAAGAUCAACUUUUCAUAUAGGCUUUAUGAUUUGGAUGGCACAGGGUUCAUUGAGCGCCAAGAGGUUAAACAAAUGUUGAUUGCACUUCUGUGCGAGUCUGAAAUGAAGUUGGCUGAUGAGACUGUUGAGAUAAUACUGGAUAAGACAUUCUUGGAGGCGGAUACAAAUCAGGACGGGAAGAUUGAUAAGUGCGAAUGGCACUCCUUUGUCACAAAAAACCCUUCAUUGCUUAAAAUAAUGACACUUCCAUAUUUAAGGGAUAUAACGACAACGUUUCCAAGCUUUGUUUUCCAUUCUGAAGUUGAUGAAGUUGCUACCUGAUGAUAAGAGAAGAAAGGAAGAAGUACUCCAUCUGUAGUUUCAGCUGUGCUACUUCCAUAUUCUGAAGCGAAGUUUUUUUAUAAUCAUAGAAAGGCAGCAGUGUAUUGUGUACUGGCAUGAGGCAGAAGACGUAGUUUUCUGUAGACAUGGCGUGCGGAGAGCGGAAUGUUGCUGUGUGAGUCGACCGGCAAGCUGCUCUAACGAUUAGGAGAAUUGUAUAUUAUUGAAUGAAUCACUUAGGGGCCAUUUGGCAUCUGUUAUGGUUAGGGGAAUUGUGAUGCGGUUUCAUGAAUUUUGGCCGACGCGAUAAUUGUUUGAGCCUGUAAUAGAAUUCGGGAAUCUCACUUCAUUUCUUUCUUUCUUUCUUCUUAACCGGUAUAUAUACCCCGUAUGUUUUUAUUUACAAGUUGUGAAGAUGAAUAUAAGGUUUUCAUGCAUCGCUUAUGUUA